AUGACCGAUUCGGAUUCGUGUAUGAAUAGGCGUUGGAGCAUUCGAGGUGAGUUUGAAAUCGCAGAAGUGAAGAGGUUGCGCCGUGGCUGUGGCUACAGUCGGUUGGUUAUUAGUCGUGGUCUUCCGGAGAAGAUGAGAACUUCGACGUUCGGAUUUUCGAGUGGACGAGGAAUAUCGUUUGGGAUAAGGGAAGUCAUAAGAGCGUUGGAAAGUAUUGAAACUUUGAACAUCUACUUAUCGUCGCAAAUGGUGGAAUAUAUGAGUGUGCCGUUUUGCAUAUGGAAUAUCUGCUGGAAAUUAUUAAAUCGCGAUUCCAUGGCCGACAACAUAUUUGACAUCAAUCGCGAAGUGGGCCAUUUUGUGUCUGCUGGAGAUCCCCUCGGUGAUAUGGCUCAAGUUCUUCCAUUUGGCCCAAGAGGAGAAGGUGUGGAAAUGAGAGGGUUCGACGCCAUAUUACCCUCGCAGACCGUAAUCUCGGCCAACAGUGAGUCCGGAAAUGAGAGAGGUUCCCCUGAAACCUUGGACGACCUUCAAGUGGCUGAAAUUGGGCAGAGAAGACCGAUCCUGUUGGAUGGUACCCUGGGACUAGAACCGAAAUGGUUAGAAGUUGGAAGAGACGAACUAAGGCUAAGGCCGAGUAUGGAUAAUGAGAUCGAUCCAAGAUCUCGGGAGUCGAGUACGCCUGUACAUGCGCGUGGGGCCAUUGAAAGCAGCACCCAGCAGAACUACUGA